UACUAUAGGAUCUCAAACCAAGCCCACUUGAUCUCAUCCUAACAAGAAAACUCGACUUCAAUCUUUUUGUCGUUCGAGUAUUUAUAAAGCCGGCCUAGAUAUAUAUCUUUGCAAUGAGAAAACCAGACCAAAUUGGGCGAGAAAAGUUGUGUAAUAAUAGUAGUAAUACCAAUAUGAAUACCGAGAAGACAAUGUUGAAGCUUAGAAAAGGUUUGUGGUCUCCCGAAGAAGAUGAGAAGUUGAUGAAUUACAUGUUAAGGAAUGGUCAAGGGUGUUGGACCGAUAUUGCAAGGAAUGCCGGUCUUCAACGGUGUGGAAAGAGUUGUCGUCUUCGUUGGAUCAAUUAUCUGAGACCGGAUCUCAAACGUGGUGCAUUUUCGCCUCAAGAAGAACAACUCAUUGUUCAUUUGCAUUCGAUUCUUGGCAACAGGUGGUCUCAAAUAGCAGCUCGUCUUCCGGGUAGAACAGAUAACGAGAUCAAGAAUUUUUGGAACUCAACAAUAAAGAAAAGAAUGAAAGUCAAUAAUAGUACUACAACUGCCUCUCAAAGCUCACCAAACAAUAGUGUUGAUGAUACAUCCUCUGAUCCAAUUAGUAGAGAUAUUAUGGGAGUUGGUAUGUUCAUGUCCAUGCAAUAUGAGCAUGACCUCAUGACUAUGUGCAUGGACUCAUCAACAACCACCACAACCACAUCCUCAAUAUCUUCCAUGCAUAACAACAAUUUCAUGCUUGUGAAGGGUAGUAGUCAUAAUAAUGACAACUUUUGUCAAUUGCCACCACUUCAACAAAAUAACAUCAAUAAUAAUAAUAAUAAUGACACAAGUGGUGCAUCAAGUUUGUUUAAUGUUUCUCCUUGUUUAGGAGAAGUUGUUGGUGUGGGAGGAGAUCAUAGUGGAGGAUAUGGUGGUGAUUGUGGUAUUGUUUUUGGAGAAGUGCCAUAUAUUAUGGGAUCAAUGGAAAAUGACAAUACUAACCUUGGAUGUAGUGUAGUCAUGGAUGGAGAUGUUAAUGCUAAUCCUAGUAGUUACAUAUUUGAUAAGAAAACAACAAAUUUUAACCACCACUUCAAUGAAGAUGUUGAUGGGAAAGUUAAAGUGGAAGAGGUGGUUGGUUUUGAAAAUCAUUGGCCAGGAGAAAGCUUGAAAAUGGGAGAAUGGGAUUUGGAGGGUUUGUUUGCAAAUAUCCCCUCUUUACCUUAUCUUGAAUUCUAAAACACCUUUUUUUUUCCUUCUCAAAUUUAGGAAAAUAAAUAUCCGGAGAUAGACAGAAUAUACAUUCUUUUCUGCUUAUGAUUAAGCUUUUUAAACUAAAGAGCAUACAUCUUGUUAGUGUUUUUGCACCAUACUUUGAGCUCAAAGAAAACAUGCUAAGUAAAUAGAAGACUUGGAUAUAUAUACGUGAUGGGCUCGUAUUCGACAACUGAGUUUCUAGAUCCGGUGCCAUUUGUAAUUGUCCGAUGAUAAACGGUCUUCAAUUCGAUCGAUAUAAUCGAAAUGUGAAUAGCAAAAUGUGUUGCUGAAAAUAAAGAGAAGAUAUGCAAAUUGUAGUAGUAUUGUGUACAUUAGAAAUACAGGUAUAGCAAAUUGUGUAAUGGUACAUUUUUAUUUUUCUUUCUAUGUGUACAUGUUCAUCAUAUUCAUAGAUGCAAAUAUUCAUUAUGUACAAAUUUAAUAA